AUGUAUAUAUUUGUUUUUAGAAAAUUGAAAUUGUGUAAAUUUCAGAACAAAAUUGUAUGUGUCUCACCUACAAUGGAGUGUCCUUUAAAUUAUCAAUGGAGUUUAAUUGGUGACAUUUUAAAACUACAACAACAUAUCAAGAACGAAAAAACAACAAAUGGGUGUGAUCUUUUUGCCACAUUUUCUCCGAAUAAUUCGUCUCAUAAAACAUUUAACCGAAAUUUUUCAAAAACAACAAAAAAAUUAGAAUAUUUUGAAAAACAUGAUUUGUUUUUAAAAAGAAACCAGACUAAAAAUGUUUCAAAAGGGUUUUACUGUGGGAAUUACCCAAAUUGUGCUUCUUGCACAUCAACAAAUGGUGUUUCUUAUUGUAAUCAGUGUAUAGAUGGGUUCUAUAAGAGUGAUACAUAUUCUUGCUCGCAGUGUUAUUUUGGUUGUGCGACUUGUACAGGAAGUGGAUACGGGCAAUGUACAUCAUGUGUGACAACUGGUUUUAUAUUAGCUUAUUCGUCGUGUAAUGCAUGUGGUGUCGGUUGUGCGUAUUGUACAUUUAACCAAAAUGGGUAUUGCCAAACUUGUUUAAAUGGAUAUUAUUUAUCGGAUUAUCACUGCAAAAAGUGUAUUUCUGGGUGUGCCUCGUGUAAUAAUGACACAAUUGGACCAUGUAAUACUUGUAUUUCUGGUUAUUAUUUAGAGGGUUCCACAUGUUAUAAAUGUUACAUUGGAUGUUUAAGUUGCACUUCUGGCAAAAACGGAUAUUGUACAUCAUGUAUGAAAGGGUAUUAUAAAACUGGUGGAUAUUGUUAUGCGUGUUACACUGGGUGCCUGACAUGCACAGGUCCAUCAAACGGAUUUUGUAAUACUUGUGCCAAAGGUUAUUACUUGACAUAUGCCAGUUGUUUGAAGUGUAUAGAGGGGUGUUUAGAUUGUACCAAUUAUGAAGAAGGAAGUUGUCAAAGUUGUGAGGAUGGGUAUUUUUUAAGCGAAGGGAAAUGUGUUCGGUGUUACACGGGAUGUAGUACCUGUAACAACACAAACAAUGGAAGUUGUUUUUCGUGUGUGACACCUGGAUACUUUUUAAGUGGGUUUUCAUGUGUUCAAUGCAGUGAAGGGUGUGCUACUUGCAGAGAAAAUGGAGAGGAUUGUGUUACCUGUUUAAGUGGGUAUUAUUUAACGACAAAUAAAUGUAAUAAAUGUCCUAAUGGGUGCGAGACGUGUAUAAGUGGGUUUCCGGCUUUACAAUGUACAACUUGUUUUGAUGGGUAUUAUCGAAGUGGUAAUUCGUGUUUUGCAUGUUUAGAAGGGUGUCAAAUAUGUUCAUCAAGAUCGAAUUGUUAUUCGUGUAUAAAUGGAUAUUCAUUGUAUGGAACUACAUGCCACCAAUGUUACGAUGUGUGUACAACAUGCAACAAUUCUGUAUUAAAUGGAUAUUGUAAUAGUUGUGUAUCUAUCGGGUAUUAUUAUGAUAAUUAUUUUUGUAAAGAUUGUUCUAAUAAUUGUCGAACGUGUGAAGGUAGUUCUUCAAAUUGCACUUCGUGUGAAGAUGGGACUUUUUACUUGAAAGACAACAAAUGUUUAAAAUGCAACAAUUGUGGCAAUGGAAAUUGCCAUCAACACGGGUGCACCAAAUGUACAAACGUCAAUUAUUAUAUCAAUGGAUACGAUUGUAUUAAAUGUGAUGAAUCAUGCCAAAUGUGUGAUGGUGGUUUGAGCACCAAUUGCCUGUCGUGUAAAAUUGGGUUUUAUUCGGAUAACAAACAAUGUAAAACGUGUGAUAGUAAUUGUAAUAGUAACAGUUGUGACACAGUUAAUGGAUGUACUUCAUGCAAAGAAAACUACUUUGCGUUCAAUAAGACGUGCCACCCAUGUUCUGAUAUUUCAAAUUGUUUGAGGUGCAGCCCAAAACACAAAGAAUGCACAACAUGCUCACCACCUUUUGAAAUAAAAGACGGUGUUUGUGUAUGCAAGAUGGGUUACUACUUAAGUUCAGAAAAUACGUGUACACCUUGUUACGAUAAUACUGAAUAUGGUAAUUGCAAAAUGUGUCACUCGCAUGAUGAAACAGAUUUUAAAGAAGUCUGUGAUGUGUGUUACCCACCUUUUGCUCUAAACACUAACACUUCAUUGUGUUCUCGAUGUUUAAAAGGUACAUAUUAUGAUAAUAAUCAAUGUAUUAAUGAAGUUGGUAAUUGUCUUGCACGAGUAAACACCACAACAUGUGUCAUAUGUGAUGAAAAUUAUUACCUUCAAAACUCAAUUUGUGUAUCAAAAUCACUUGAUUCAAAGUGUAUUUCAAAGGGUAAAAUUGUGUGUGAAGACUGUGAAGGUGGUAUUUCUGUAAAACGAAAUUGUACUAAUGAAAUAAACAACUGUAAGUAUUAUUACAAUAACAAUUUAAAAAGUGUCAAAAAGUGUUUGAAUUGUGAUGACAACAACUUAUAUAUAAGUGAUGGCAGUUGCGUUACUUUUUAUAUGAAAGAUGAUUUGUACUUAAAAAAUAAUGUGUAUUAUCGUUGUGAAGCAGAUCAGUUUCUUGACCAGAAUAUGAAGUGCAAUUUGUGUUCAACAAGUGCAAAUGAUUUAUUUGAGAAAUGCAUAUUGCUCAACGAAAAUGGCGAAUUUACAAACAAAGUGAUUCAGUGUAUAGAAAACAGUGCUUUGAAUUACAACGAAAAUACCUGUUUCGUUGAAGAUAAAUGUGUGAAGUACUCCUCUGGUGAUUGUGUACAAUGCACAAAUACAUCUCAUUAUAUAACACAACACAAUUAUUGUGUAUUGAGUGAAAUACCAAAUUGUAUAAAAUAUAACAAUGUGAAUUGUGUUGAAUGCACAAAAGGAAAUCUGCUUUCCAAUGGAAGUUGCAAAGAAACGACUUCUUUCAAUUGCGAAAAAGCAAAUCAAGUGUCGUGUACAAAAUGCCUUCCUUCAUUUUAUAGAGAAGAAACCGUUUAUUGUUCUCCAACAACAAAUAACUCCAAAUACAUCACAAAGUCACAAGACAAUCAAAUGACAAUCAGAGAAUGUUCAAAUAACUACACUUUGUAUGAUAACACGUGCUCCACUCAAAAUGAAAAAUCAGUGUUAAAAGAAUAUACUCAAAACGUGUGUAAAACAACAUCAACAAAAGGCUGUUUGAGGUGUUCUGAUGGGUAUUACUUGACUGAAACCAACUUGUGUCUUUCAUGUCAAAAUUCAGAGUCUGAAUGCUUGACAUGUAAAAGCUCGACACACUGCCUCACUUGUAAUUUAACAACAUCAUUUCUCAAUGCAAAUAACAAGUGCGAGCAAACAACUGAAUUGUCGAAGCGAUGCCAACAGAUGAUGCCGACAAACACUGGUUGUGCAAUAUGUAAAAAUAAUUAUUUCAAAUAUAACAACGAUUGCCUUGAUUGUGACGGAUCGUGUGAGACUUGUAUUGAUACCACAAAGUGUUUAUCUUGCAAACCUGAUUACUACCAAAUUGUCAGUGAGUCGUAUCUAUGCCAGAAGUACAGCACUUUAUAUAACUGUACUGUAAAGACUCAAAUUGGGUGUGUUGGGUGUGAAGACGGAUUUUAUUUGGGAACUGCAAUAUUACGAUGUUACAAAUGUUCAAACAACUGUUUGAAAUGUUUUUCUGAUGAUUUUUGUACAACUUGUGAUAAUGAUUUUAUCCUCAAAAAUGGUGUGUGUCAGCCACUCGAUACAGUCAUUUAUUGUGUUUCUGCAACAAACAACUUUUGUGUGAAAUGUGAUAUCAAACACAAAAUAUCUAAUGACGGACUUUCAUGUUUGGAAGACAACAAAUACUUCUUGAAAAUCGGUCUACCUGUUAUAGUUAUUAUAAUAGUUUUAAUUAUUAUAAUUAUAGUAAUAGCUACUGUUGUCAUCUAUCUUAUUCUCCAACACAAAAAGAAGAAAGAAGAGAUGAAAACAGUCUGUAUAUUUAACAUGAAUAAGUCAAACAUUUCGUUCAAUGAAAUGUCGUCUAAAUUAGUUUCGAAUUUGAAUGAAAUUGAAUUUGAGAGUGACACAAAUUGUGGAAUUGCAAAUACUGAUAUUCCAGUAGACAGCGAGACGCGUGCAUUGCUGUGUAUUGGUAACAUUUCUAAAAACAAGCAAAAAAUACAAUUUAGUGUUAUUGAAGGUUGCGAGUUGUAUUCUAUUCGAACAGUACCAUCCCUUGUAACACUAAAGAAUAACGAGGCGUGCGAAUUCGAAGUCUUUUUGAAGCCAAAUUGCACAUGUCAAAUCGAAGAUGAAAUUCUGUGUAUCUCACUUGAUAUCAAAAAAGGCGAACAAACGACAAAUAAAAUCAAAAUUAAAGCAAAAACCAUUUUAACGACUAAAUUGAACAAUUCCGAGUUGUUAGAAAAUGUCAAACUUGGCGAAGGAAGUUUUGGGAUUGUUUACAAAGGGACUUUUAGAGGACAAGAUGUUGCCAUUAAACGACUUAAAAGUGUCACAGAAGAUAAUAAGUCGAUGGAAGAAUUUGAAAAGGAAGUUUCUAUGUUGGACAAAUUCAGAAGUGAGUACAUCGUCCACUUUUAUGGCGCCGUCUUUAUACCAAAGAAAAUCUGUUUGGUCACCGAAUUUGCGAAAUAUGGGAGUUUACAUGAUCUAAUGAAAAUAUCUCAGAACGGCUCAAAAAGUACGUCAAAAAGGGAAUUGAAUACUGAUAUAAAUAACAACAAACCCGAUAUCACAAUAUUAAGAAAAUUCAUGUUGGAUAUGGCAAAGGGAAUAUCUUAUUUACAUAACAAUGGUAUUGUACAUCGAGAUAUUAAACCAGACAAUUUACUUGUGUUUUCACUUGAAAUGAAUGACGAAAUUAACUCGAAGUUGACUGAUUUUGGAAGUGCAAGAAACAUUAAUAUGAUGAUGACUAAUAUGACAUUCACGAAAGGUAUUGGGACACCAAAGUACAUGGCACCUGAAGUGCUAAAUCGAGAGAAGUACAAAAUGCCGUCAGACAUAUACUCAUUCGCUAUUACGAUGUAUGAAACAUUUAAUUGGGGAGAUGCAUAUCCUAAAAAUAAAUUUCAAUAUGCCUGGAGCAUCGCAGACUUUGUUACAAGCGGAAAACAUCUGGAAAAGAAUCAGAAUAUUGGGAAUGAAGAAUUUGAUAUAAUAGAAAAGAUGUGGUGUACAGACCCACAUAACAGAGUUGAGAUUGAUCAAAUUAUCAAUGCUAUUAACCAUAUUAUUCAGUAA